UGUGGGCAGAGUGUAGAGCUCAGAGCAGGCAGAACACACACACAGGCAGAGGUCGAGAGAGACAGAGAAGCCAUAUGCUGCCCAGCAGGGGAAGAAUUCCCAUUCAUUCAUUAUCUGCCCCAGGGAAUCUGCAUCUGGCUACAUCUGUACAACCCUGAGCACCGGGCAGGGCUACACUGUAUCUGAUCCGGAGGAACUAUAAGUCUGAUGCAGAACAAGGUAUAGCAGCUGGCCUUCUGGAUGAACCACUUUAUGUGUGAUGAGUCAUUUUAAACCAGACAACCAAUGAGAAUUUUCUUCUAUGUACCAAAUCAUGGCUGAAACUUUGAUCGCCCACAUGUGGAUAUAUCUGGCUACCUUAGUAUUUCUCGAGCCUUCAGCUGCUUUUUCUAAAGUUGACAAUAUCACAAGUGCAAAACCUAUUGGGGAAAAUCAAAUGAAGAACCACUCCGGGAAACCUUCUAAGUUUGAGGUCCCUCAGGUUUUGAAUCUGGAGGAAAGUGGCGGAGAUCUGUCACAUACCAAAACAUCUGGAGAAAGGUUUGGAAGUUACCUCCCAACAUCUGUGCUUGGUCAUGGUGAGGAGCCAGUGGAAAUAAGAGAGGAUUACAUAGAAAAUAGCUUCAAUGAAUUCUUGACUGAGGAUAAAAAAAUAAUGCUGAGUGCAACUUCUAAUAAAGUCAGCCUAACAGGCUCAGUGACGACUGUGAGGCCUGGUGCUGAGGAAGCCCUGGUGGAACACACCCUUCUAAAGAGUCAACCAAGCAAAUCUGAAAUGUUGCAGCUUAUCUCGAAUUCUGAAAAAUUCAGCUUAGCCAGAGAGAGUUCUGAUAGGGGCAAACGCCCAUCAACCAAUAAGAAGUUGUCACCCCACAGUCAUGAAGAGUCUUUGCAAAUAGAGAAUAACAUUGAGCAUGAAAAAGUACAAGAGCGACAGAAAGGACUCCUAAGCACUGUCCACCCAACUGUUAUAACCGUAGCCUUAGCUAAGACCACAGUGUCAUCAGGGCAAACCAGUCAGGCCACUCAGAUACAGAAACUGCAGAUUGAAAGUGGGCAAGACCAUUUAAGAAAAACACUACAUAAGAACACUUUAGAUGCUCAAGAUGAAUUUCUAAGCCGUACCAUCCAGGUCACUUCGGAGGUCCUCAGACAAACAGUUGGGAACAAUUUCCUGGAUAAUAAUUUAAUUCCAAAAGAGCAAGGUGGGCAUCCUUCAGAGAAAUACGAUGCUGCAUACAGAACCACAGAGGGCUACACAGCCUUGCAGUUGGACAGUGGACCAGGAGGCAAUGAGGUUGUAUCUACAGAUGAAGAAGUAAAUUACAAAAGCAUGGAAUAUCAGAAGGGUGAAAACACUAUUGUCGAGGAAUCCAAGUCAGAAAAUAAAACAAGUCCUCCCCAUUUUUCUCCUGUUAUCCAAGAGAAACAAAUAAUAGGUCAUGUUCCGCAUGGUAAUGACAUACCGACUUCCACCCAUGGGACUUCAGGUCAUGUUGUGCCAUAUAGUCCAUCCUUUAAGGAUGAAUCAUCCACAAUGAGGCCUUCACUUAACAAGACCUCUCCAUUUGCUGCCUUUGAUCCAAGAAACCAUUUUACUCUAGAAGCAAAAUCAAGAAACCAGACAGAACUGAUUCUGCCUGCCCACACUUUGCCAAAAACCUCCAGGACUGAGAAGAAUAAUGAAGCGGCCAAUGGAGUAAUUUCUUCUUCCCAGGAUUUACCACCAUCUUCUAUGCAACCUCAUGAAACUCCAACACCAGCAAUGCAAAUGUUUGGCAAAAAUUCUGAUAAAUCUCAGGAGGGAAAUAGAAGUUCUUCACUGCCUGUCAAAGGAUCUGCAAAACCAGCAACUACACAGAAAAGCCCUAUGGCAAGCAGCGCACCCCCUGGACUUCUGAUGUCUACUACUUGGAAGAUGUCAGUGACAAGACAAAAAGAUCCAGUGCCACAGACCCUCCGACCACAGAAAGGAGAUACCACUACACCACAUAUUAUCAUGAAUGUUUCAAGAAGAACAGGGCGCCGUGGGGAAAUAAUUGUUACUACUCAACGGGCUGUUCAAAGACCGCACGUGAUGGAAGUUCCAACGAGUUCUCUGCCUAAAAUACCUACUCUGGAAACACCGUUAUGUACCAAGACAGGAGGCGCAUGUGAAUACCUUGGAUCCAACAAGACAAUGCUAAAUUGGGAUGACUUGCAACGCACUCUGAGUUUUGCCUGGGAUAUGCACGUAUAUGGAACAGGAACCCUCUUCAUUUUAUUAUCUGUCAUUGCUAUGGUCAAUCUCAUUGGGUCUCCAAUUGUUCGUGUGCCCUACCUUCCAUAUAUCAUAGCUUCAAAUGCACUCUUGCUUAUUAUUGGUAUCCUUAGAAGCGUGUUCUUUCUUUUAGAUCCUUAUGGAACAAAAUCAAAGAUUUCUCAUGGGCUUGCCUUGGUCCUUUACAAUGUAACAUUUCCACUUAUGCUUUCUACAUUUGCCACCUUACUCCUGCUGGUUAUGAAGAUUGCGUCUCUUCAGUUGCUGCCACCCAAGCUCCAAAACCUCCCUUUGCUUGGUUUUAUUGGAGUUAUUCAUUUUAUUAUUCUUUUGAGUGCAGACCUUCUUACUCACUUGUUGAACCCGUCUGUAAAUAUUGUCCUGCAGAUACUUUCAGUCUCCUGGGGCAUUUUCUUAAUGGUGGGAAAUUUUGUGGCUUAUUACCAACUCAGAGGAAGUAACAAAGAUAUAGUGAAUGAGAAUCAGAUAGUGUCACCAACUUGUGAAGACAUUGUGUCUAUGCAAACCCAAGAACGAAAUAUGAGGUGUCUCUUCACAUCUUUUAGAGUUCUGCUAGUCAGCAGCUUUUUUGGGUUGCUAUGCUGUGGUUUGCAGGUGUAUGCUGUACUAUGGCUAUAUGGGUUACUCGGAAAAAAUAACGAAUUUUCUUGGUCCUGGUGGUUUCUGCAGUUCUGGUUUCGCAUUUUCGAACUGGGCUUGUGUUUUUCACUUCUCUUUGUGGCUUCGCACAGCUUCUGCCAGCAAUGUAGUAGAAGUGAACACACUUGCUGGACCAAAAUAAUCAGCUAUUUCUGUACUUACAAAAAAGCAGAGGUUGCGGAGUAUCCAAACAACUGCUAUGACUGGACAAAUAGCAUUCAAGAAAGGGUAGUCAAUAACAACAUCACUAAGAGCCUUAUCCGCAAUGAGCCAGAGAAUGUUCCUCUUAAAAUGCUGAAGGAAAACAAUGAAAUCAAGCCUGGCUCUGUACUUUGCAACAAUAGUGGCUCUGCUUCUCCUCUUUUCAAGCCAAAACCACAUGUUGUCUUCAGCCCAAAAUCCCAAAAUGUGAUUAUUGGACGAUCAUACACAAGUAUUUGCUUUGAAAAGGAAUCUAUGCUAUCACUGACUGAUCUGGAAUUUCGCCCUCCUUCACCCAUAAAUCUGAGCAGAAGCAUAGAUGAAGCUUUAUUCAGGGAGCAUCUGGUUAGAGACAGCAUAUUUCUAGAUUCAAGUCUUCAGUAUCCAAGUUACCUAACCAGACAAGAAUCAUGUUCUUCCUUAAAGGAAUGCUCUGCUUUGAACCAGACCGUUGACCCACUGAUCUCAUCAGAUUUAAAAAUGAGAAGAUGCAGCAACCCUGACUAUAUGUACAGCCUGGCUAGAGGUGGCUCGAUGACUGAAAUUGACUCACCAAGUGAGAGUGUACAGCAAAGUAAAGAACUUCCACGUGACACAACAACAGAUAAUGUUGUCUCAGGCAGUUCCAUGGAUAGUGUCUCUAAAGGGUCAAUCAAAAUUAGCUGGAACCCUUGGCAUCAUGGACUGUCAUCAGUGGAGAGUCUUCCGUUGGAGGAAGCACCAAGCACCCAGCUUCUAAAGCAAGGAUCCCAGCCCAGCAUCCGGUCAAAGAGCAGCGAACCAGAGAAGACAUUUGGAAAGAGGUUAAUUGAGAGAAGCCAGACAACUGACUCAAAUAGUCUUGCUAGUGAUACCAUUGAACUAUGAAAAGUCCAGACUCUAGCAAUGGAAACCAGUGCAGACAUGACACUUGGCCAAUUUGUAAUUGAGGUUUAUCCCACUGAAUUUAAGUAUAGGCUGUGUUUUGUAGGUUUAUAAUUAAGCCAGUUUUAUAAUAACUACAGGUACAGGUUCAGCUCUAUGAGUAUACAAACAAAUUAAGUAACAAGCACACCUUAUCUGCGUUAGUAGGAGGCAACACUUCCUUGUGUUUUGUUUUUUUACUGAACGCUUUGAUUUUAUAUGUAUAUUUUUUUAAAACAGAUUCCUAUUGACAGAUGCAGUGCAUUGCAGCUGAUGCCUUUCUAGAAAAGGAUAAACUCCAUGGCCAGACACAUUUCUCUGGCUGUACUGUGGUGGGACAUUGCUUUAAAGCAAAUGCACUUCCAAGAAGACUUCUGCCUCCCCAGACAUAUAAUCUCUUAUAAGGCUAAUGCAUAAAAGCCUAAAACCUAUAGGAUUAACAUAAGACAGAGUGGUACUUUUACAAAUAAGGUACGUGUUUAGCAAGUAAAGAAGAGUGGAUAUAUUGGAUGGGUGCCGGUAGUUUCCUUGGCAACCACUCGAGGCCUACGGCAUCUUACUGCAAUGCAGACUCCAAAGCCAAAAAAGAAAGGUGUUUAUCAUUGAACUAUGCUCCUUGACAAUCAUGCAAGGAAUAAAAAGCUAUAAGCACACAGGCAGCAUGGGUAUAUGGGAAAACAAGAUGCAGUCAGUGUGUUUGUAUGUAUGUAUAUGUGUAUAUAUUGUCUUAAGAGUGGGGUUGCAUCAUGAUAUUCAUUUAUAUAUAUUCUAAGUUGUUUUCUAAAUAUUAAAAGUGUGAGUGAGUGGAGUUUGACAAAGCAAUAAGCACUUCAGGAGCUACAAACUGGGACGAUGGAUACAGCACCUUAUUUGGGCAGUGCUAUAAAAGUCGCAGCAGACACCAGCAAGGUGUUGGUUGCUAUGGGUUACUAGACCUGGUGCAAGUUUCCUGACUUUUAUGACAUGAACCCAGUUAUUCCCCAAAUAACAAUUGGCAGGGUCGGACUGGGGGGCCCGGGGCCCACCGGGACUGCUGUCCAGGGGCCCCCCUCUGGCCCCCCGCAGCCCUACAAAAUUGCGUCUGCCCAGCAACACCGCCACUCGGCGCAUGCGCAACAGCGCCGUUUGCCGCGCAUGCGCAACAGCGCCGUUCGCCGCGCAUCGCCGGAAAAAAAUU